AUGGACCAUUCGUGCCAGUUUGGUGCACGGCCGCUACACCUCAUCGGACAGCCGCCCUCGCUCAAGUUGCCACCGACCAAGGUGCAGCAGCAUGGCGGCCAGAGGGCGCCGCGCCCCGCCCUCGUUGAUGUGAGCAACAGGGAACCAUAUCGUCCUUCGCAUGUACCAGGCCAGCAUGUCAUGCACCCGCAUUUUCGGCCUCCGCUCACCAAGCCAGCAUCGACAGCUCCGCUCGCUGCACGUCCCGCCACGCAGCCGCCUGCCCCCGCACCACGACCCGCACCACCCGUUGCUCGUGCCGCGCCACCUGUCGCUUUGGUGCCGCCUGUGUCGACUACCCUGUCGGCACCACUGCCCGCACCCGUCGCCCUUCCUCUCGCGCCCCCGAUUGCUCUGCCCGUUCGGGCCACGUCGAGCGACGUCUCGAUGAGUACUGAUACCUCUACUUAUGCGCCAGGCGCGGCGUCUGUGGCCGAUACCUCCCGCUCCCCCGACGAGCUUGUUUCGCCAUCGCGCCUAUCCUCGCGGAGCGGACAAUCGGAAGACAGCGAACUACUCGCCGAGCUGGAAAUGGACCUCGACCCGGCCGGCAUCGUGACGCUGACGCUCGAGCACGAUAUUGUCGAGCAGCGCCGCAUGCUCGAUAUGUGUGACCGCUUCGAAAUACAGGUCCUCGUGCCGCAGGCGCUCGCUGCGCAGGCCGAGCGCCAGGAUCUCGUGCGGCAUGGCCAGCUCAGUGCGCAGGCCGCAGCGCAUGAUGAUGAGAUGAUGCGUCUUGGACUGGAUACAGAGGAGGCGCGCGAUAUCUCCAUGGUCGCCGAAUACGCACAGGAUAUUUUUGACUACAUGGCGUGCAUGGAGCGUGAAUCCAUGGCCAAUCCCAGCUAUAUGGACUUUCAGGACGAAGUGCAGUGGCAUAUGCGCGCCACACUCAUUGACUGGCUCCUGCAGGUACACAUGCGCUACCACAUGCUGCCUGAGACGCUGUGGAUCGCCGUGAAUCUGAUUGACCGGUUCCUCAGCGCUAGGAUUGUGAGUCUCGCCAAGCUCCAGCUCGUGGGUGUGACGGCCAUGUUUAUUGCCGCCAAGUAUGAGGAGAUUAUCGCGCCGAGUGUCGAAGAGUUUGUCUACAUGACAGAUGGCGGCUACUCUCGCGAAGAGAUUCUCAAGGGCGAGCGCAUUGUGCUAUCGACGCUCGAUUUUAACAUCUCAACAUAUUGCUCGCCCUAUUCGUGGGUCCGCCGCAUCUCGAAGGCCGACGACUAUGACAUUCAAACCCGCACGCUAUGCAAAUGCUUAAUGGAAGUCACGCUCCUCAACCAUCUGUUUCUUCGUCUACGCCCAAGUAUGAUCGCUGCGAUCGGUAUGUUUUUGGCCAAGCGCAUGCUCGGUGGUAUUUGGGACGAUGCCUUCGUUUAUUACUCUCGCUUUACCGAGGCCCAGCUGCUGCCUGGCGCCAACCUGCUCCUCGAGAAACUCAUGGAGCCCGGCUUUGAGGAGCAAUUUGUCUACAAAAAAUACGCCAGCAAAAAGUUCCUCAAGGCCAGCAUUUACGCACGCAACUGGGCUCUUCGCCACCGCGGCCCGCUGGGACCCGCCGUGCCAGCCGCCGUGCCCGUCGCGUCAGAGUCAGAGUCGUCGCACUAG